UCUAUCGAGUAGCACCGGAUAUCAAUGGUUGACACUUACCAACGUACUGUGUUCAGUCCUUGGAUACCAGUCGUCUCAUCGUAUCAAUGAAUUUAGUGAUAGUUUCUUUACACUAUUGAUAUCUUUUGUCACCCGUAUUAUUUGAAACUAGACUUUAAUCUUUGGAUUUAUUGAAAUCAGAGAAAAUGACGGCUGAAGCUCUUUCAUGGGACAAUGCACGAUAAUGAGAAGAAAGCUACUUAAUAUUGAUGACUUUGUGGUACGGAGUUUGGUUCGAUGUCGGCACAUGAACGACCAACAAAUGUCCAGGAUGGUCGGCUUUGGUGCGGCCGAUUCCAGCCUGAAACGUUUCAACGAGCAGGCCACACCCACGUUUAACGCAGGUUACGGGUUCCGUGGUUUUCCAGACAACUUCAUGAUGAAAGCGAAGGAACCCUUACGCCAUCAGCGUUCGGCUGAUAUCACAACCGAUGUCAAUAGAUAUUUUAGAAGAGAUUCACCGACUGAGUGGUUACCACCACCAAACCAGCCACCAAAGAGAAUGGCGUCACCACCACCACCCGCUAAGGCGCCUGCAAACUACCCUCCACAGCAGAAUGGCAACCCAGACUGGCUAGAAAAUAAAGGUCCCGCAGUCCCUGUUCCAACCAUUUCUCCCAGAUACCAGGAGGAUUCUUACAGAAAAGGCCCCGUUAUCCGUGAUCCUCUCAGGGAAAUGACGUCAGCAGAGCGCCGUAGAAAAGUUGAAGAACAUUACAUAGCGGAACAGGACCUUGCCGAGGCCAGAAGACGGAAAGAGGAUGCAAAAGUAGAAAAACAGAAAGAAAUACAACGGAUAAAAGAAUUACAGGAUUCAUAUAGGCCCUGGGGCCGCCCAGGGGGAGGGGCACCAAAUAGAGCUGAUAAUAGGAAAAAAGUAUUUACGGAACACCAAAUCAAUAGGCCGCCAUCUCCAAAAUAUAGCGGCCCUGCGGCAAAAUUCGGAGAAGGCAACAAAGAUCACGACAGAACAAGGUCAAGCAUGGAUCAGAUGAGAAAUGGAUACCCAGAAAGAAAAGAAGCGUUGGGUCGGGCAGUUACCAUGCCCCUACGAACUUCAUAUUCGGACAGUUUUACUCACAGAAAUCAUGAUAUGCUUAGGCACCAAGAGCGGGAUAUUGAGGAGCUCCGCCAUAAUCUUGAGCAACUCGAGCGUGAAAGUCGCUUCAACAAAUUGCAGGAGUCUCAACCUGAGCCCCGAACUGAUAGAACGGAGCCUAACAGUAAACUUAGUGAAAUGAUGGAAAGCCAGUCUAUGCAGUUGAGGAAGAUGCAGGAUGAAAUCAACAGGACCCAGAACCAUGAUCCAUCUGAGUCCCAUGAGUUUGGAGAGCCCUCCCAUCUUAUGAGGCCAGCUGGGGUCCCGUCCAUACCCCUUAUUAAAAAUGAUAGGUUGAAGGCUCAAGAUGACAGCUACAUGCCGACAGAGCGCUCCAGAUUUGAUGCCAAUCCUCGUGCCCAGUCAGAUAUGUACUAUGAUGAUUAUGAGCCACAGACUGAUCGUAUUGGAAUGAGACCAAACCGUGAUCGAAACUACUUUGGUCAGUCAGAGGAAAAACUUCCUGAUUACCUUAACGUUUCACCCCGCCGCCGACCAGUUGGAAAGUUUUACAACACCAACUCUACAUACACACACGACUUUGACGCACCUGUCAUUCGUAGGGGUCGUCAGAUUCUAGAAAACCACAACAAGGAGCCAUUUGAGCCGUACGCCCCCUGGGGCCGCGAUGGGGGUGGAGCUCCCAUGGCUGAUACCACCGGGCAGAGGAGAACCCGCAUCCAGGGAUCCAUGGGUUCCCUUGGCAGAGAGUUAUCAGACUCUGCGAGGGCCAAGAGAGCUCACAAGCACGAAAUGUUGGAAAACCUUGGUCAACAGGCGCAGUUUGAGAGGGAUAGAAGAGAAGCAGAGAAGGCCUAUGCCAGACAAGGAUUUGUUGAGGUAGCUGACCGUAUGAGGCAGCAGAAGGUUGGCUAUCCCCGCUACAAGACGAGUGGACUAAUUGACAAUCACCAUCUUCCUCAUGCCAUGUCUAACCCGUUCCAUGAACGUAAGGUAGAUGAACAGAAGGCGUACCACCAGUAUCUUGGGUCACAGGUUGAGGAGAAGAAUCGGGUCGACCGUCUCGGACAGCUCGAGGAGAAGAGACAAGCAAAGGAGCACUUCCGUACACAGGAUAAUUUCUGGGCAAGACGUGGCGGUGGUAACAGAAAGGGAGAUGACUUGCGCAAGUUUAACCUGGAUAGAGCAAUCCAUGACCCCCAAACCACUAGUCAGUAUUAUAACAAAGUGCGAAUGGACGAGGAACCGCUUGAUAUUCUAGACAGGUUUAAACCUAGAAUAACGCUUAACAGUACGCACAGAAACCUGUAUGAAUUCCCAGAGGGCAAUGUAAAGAGAAUUGAUGUAAGGAAUUAUAUGGGAACUGUAUGAAAGUCAAAUUAUGCAGGAGGAGCUCCCUAUGCUGAACAAUUUGGAGCCUCAUACUAGGCAAAGCGUGAUGGAUAAAGCGUGAAAAUAGCAAUAGACACUUUCUCCAACCACUCCCAUUUACACUGUAAACAUGUACAUGUAAAUUCGGCAUACUUGUUUACUCACUCUAUAACUAGUACUGUCAUAUUUUGAAUGGAGUAUUACCAUGUCAAGUAGAUUAUUAUAUUUUUGAAAUAUAUUUUGUUAAGCAUAUAUUUGUUAGCGUUUUUUUUAAGUUAAUAGUAUGACAGAUACCUGUAUACAAGAUAUUUUGCAAAUGGGAUAAGAGAUUAUGAUCAAAGAAAAAACAUGUCUUUAGCAAGUUUCACUUUUUUGCUGUUUAAGGCAUUACCCUACAUUGCAGCUUUCUUACAGUAGUCAAACUUUUCCAAUAGCAUUAUAAAAAAUUAAAGUAAUUAUUAAGUAUUAUAAAACAAAGUCACAUUCAAUUUAACAAAGAAAAAUGCCAAAAAAAUCAGGUCACCAGUUGCUUUUGUAACCACUCAGUUCUUCAUAAAGUAUACUUGUGUUCCAAAAUGCUGGUUUGUUUCCAUAUUUAUUUGCUCCAUUUUUCCAGAAAACAAAAUGUAUAUGUAUUUUUGUUUGAUAAUGAAAGGGCUUGUCAUUAUUUUGUUUAGACUCGAUUUGCUCAAAUAGAUAAAAUAAUCUGAUCCCUGUUUCUCGAACAAACUUGAGUCUUUUAUUACAUGAUCAAGAUUAGAAUACUUUUAUUGUUUUUUUACAAUUACUAAACAUUGUGUAACUUUCUUGUUUUGAAGAGUUCUUGAGACAUUUAAAGUAUAAUAUUUGAAUGGUGAUCACAAACAAAUUUUUUAUUUUGUAAAAUUAAGUUGUUAGCAUUUUUGUUAAAUGAAAUUAGAUAUUUAAGCUUGUUACGCAUAAGUUUUUCGAAAAAUUAGGCCCAAUUCCUUAGAGAGGAUUUGAAACAAUAUACUAUAAUAUGUGUAUGCAUAUGGAGUGCAAAGAAACAUUAAUGCACCCCAGAUUAAAACAAGAACAUCAUGCAUAUGUAUACCCCCAGAUAUCUUGAGACUGUAUUUUAGUUUGCUUUAACUUCAUCUGAAGUCAUUUAUUCUCAUUUUCAGUAUUUAUAUAUUUCAUUGCUGAAUCAUUUUGUUGAACUGUAUAUAUUAUCAUAAGGAAUUCUGAAGUUAUGAAAUUAUGUAUUUUUCCUUCUUGUUGAAUGUUUUGGGCCUGUUUGUUCAUGUUUUGUUCUAUGUUAACACCUGUAUUGUUUAAACAGUGACCAGAUAUAACUGAUUGGAAUUACAAUUGGAAACUUAAUGAACUACCUUGACUUAAGUUUCAAAGCAUUGAACCUCUGAAAGAAAAACAUACCUCCACAUAAAGAUGAUCCAGUUUUAUACAUGUCUGGUGCCUGCUUACUCUUAUUUAAUGUAUUUUUACACACAGUUUAAAUCUCCCAACUGGUAAUCAUGUCAGUAUAUGUGAUAUUUAAGUGCCAAAUAAGCACUGAUUUUAAACCGUCCACUUGAACAAGUCAUUUUUUGUUAUAUAUUUCUGUGAUUUAUAACUAAAACCUGUGAUAUAUAUGUUUUCUUUACUUUUUGUCCAUUUUUUGGGGAAUGAGGGGCACAUUUUUAUUUUUUCAUACAAUUAUAUUUAUACGGUAUGUUUGUGUUUCCAGAGAUGUGAUCUGUUUACUUUUAUUGAUAGUUUAAUCGUUGCCGCUGAAGUUGUCUGAUACAAGAACAAUACAAUAUACGACAUGAGAUAUGUUAGCUCCAUGCACAACAUAUUAAUCAGGGCUUAUCAUAUUUGACAUCAGAAAUUAUCAUAUUAUAUUAGUACAUAUCAGUAUCAUAAUAUAUUGCAAUUAAACUUGUCAUUUUCAGGUUUAAUAUUCAUACUAAGAUGUCCAUAGUUCACUAUAGCAAAAAUCAAUCAGGCAACUAAAGCUGCACUUUAGAUAUUUACAAUUUUAUAUAUAUUAUAUUUUAUGCACUCUAUUCAUUAUGUAGAUAUUCUGUCAUUAUAAUUAUGCCAUACCUCACCUAUUCAAAUCUUCCAGUGAUAUAUUGAAAAAUCGAACAAAACUUUAUAUUAAAUAUAUCGGUGGAUGUUGAGUCACCUUUUGGCCAAGAAAAGAAAUUAACCAAAAUAAGAUCUACCUGGUACAUGUAUUUCAUGAACAGAAAAUAUUAGUUGUUAUCAGGAUUUUUUUAAUUAUGUUAAAAUGUUUUAUUGUCAAUAAAUACAUUUGUUCUCAUUA